AGCGGAGCAGCCCGGCUGUGUAUGCAGAGCUCGGCUCGGCAGGACAUGCUCUGUGGAUGACAGCCGGGCUGCAUGUGGACGGGGGUAGCCGGGGAUCCCGCGGAUGGAAGGAGCUGCGGGGCUCGGGGGGAUCCGAGUCUGGAUAUGGAUGGGGAUGACGCUGAUUCUGCUGACAUCUGAACCUCCCACUCUGACAGCCGCCAGUAAGCAUUCCAAUCAUCUUGAAAAGAUCUUCUUACAUUCUGAAGUGACUGAACCACGCUGGUUGACAUCCCAAAGCAUUGAAAAUAACAACCCGAAGCACCCAGCACAUGUAGAAGUAAUUCUUAAAGCAGAAGGAAGAGAGCUGAUACUAUCUCUACAAAGAAACGAACAACUCAUCCACAUGAAUUACACAGAGACCCAUUACAGCCCCGGUGACAUUCCUAUCAUUCAGAAACCCAAUAUGACGGACCACUGCUAUUACCACGGAGUUGUUCAGGGGCAGAAGGAAUCCAGUGUAGCAGUCAGCACCUGCCCAGGAAUCAGGGGACUAAUAACUGUAAGCAAUAAUCUAAGUUAUGUAGUGGAACCGCUACCAGGAGACAGCCAUAGACAUCUCAUUUACAGAGCAGAACAUCUGUCCCUUCCAGGAGGGAAAUGUGGACAUUCGAAAAGUAAGAAGCAGAAUUUCUCCAGCUUCAACCAACCUCAUCACAGGGUGAAGAGAGAAGAAACAGAGGGGGAAAGAUGUGUUGAGCUCUACCUAGUGGCUGACUAUGCUGAGUUUCAGAAACAUGACUCAGACUUGGAGCAGACCCAGAGGAAGAUGCUGGAAGUUACCAAUUAUAUAGAUAAGUUUUACAGAGCACUAAAGAUUCGAAUUGCAUUGAUUGGGUUGGAGAUCUGGACUGCUGGAGAUAAGUGCAAUGUUACAGAAAACCCAUAUAUGACCUUACGUGCCUUCCUGUCCUACAGAAGAAAGAUCCUACAGCAGACGCCACACGACAAUGCACAGCUCAUAACCGGGCGAUCUUUUCACGGUACAACCAUUGGGCUGGCCCCACUUCAGGCAAUGUGCUCUUCCUAUCAGUCUGGAGGUGUAAAUAUGGAUCAUUCGGACAAUGCAAUUGGAGUUGCAGCUACAAUGGCCCAUGAAAUGGGACACAAUUUUGGCAUGAACCACGAUGCUGCAGGCUGUUGUACAGCCAAACCUGAAGAUGGAGGCUGCAUCAUGGCAGCUGCUACUGGACACCCUUUCCCCAAAGUGUUCAAUGAGUGUAAUAAGCGAGAGUUGGAACGCUUUCUGCGCUCUGGAGGGGGAAUGUGCCUCAGCAAUACCCCAGACACAAAGACCCUUUAUGGAGGAGCACGUUGUGGGAAUGGCUUCUUAGAAGAGGGGGAGCAAUGUGACUGUGGGGAUGUAGAGCAAUGUGACAAUCCAUGCUGCAACGCUACAACCUGUACCCUGCUGCCAGGGGCAGUGUGUGCCCAUGGGACCUGCUGUCAUCAGUGCAGACUCAGGCCACCUGGGUUCCCGUGUCGGAAGACUUCCAGAGCCUGUGACCUGCCAGAGUUUUGUACCGGACAUUCUCCUGUGUGUCCUUCCAACUCCUUCCAGCUGGAUGGAACGUCCUGCCAAGAUGGAGACGCUUUCUGCUACAACGGGAGGUGCCUGACCCACAAACAACAGUGUCGGCAGCUCUGGGGAACCGGCGCAAGCAUUGCCCCGGAUGUGUGUUUUGAAAAGAUUAAUACAGCUGGUGACCAGUAUGGCAACUGUGGACGAGACCUAAAUGGUGAAUAUCGAAAGUGUGAAUUUGGGCAUUUUAAGUGUGGGAAGAUCCAGUGCCUAAGCUCUUCCUCCAGACCCAUAGAAAACAACGCUGUGGCCAUAGACACCACCAUCACGGUACAAGGGAGACGUGUGCUCUGCAGGGGGACCCAUGUUUACAGAAUCACUGAUGAAGAAGAUAUGAUGGAUCCCGGACUGGUCCUUUCUGGAACUAAAUGUGGAGAAAACCAGAUUUGCUUUGAGGGACAGUGCCGAAAUACCUCCUUCCUUCAAGUGGAUGAGUGUACAAAGAAGUGCAAUGGAAAAGGGGUUUGCAAUAAUAACCAGAACUGUCACUGUGCUCCUGGGUGGAAGCCUCCGCAUUGUAACCAGACAGGAAAUGGUGGCAGCGUAGACAGUGGACCGGUACCUACUGAGGGUUUACAGUCUGUGGUGCUUUGGGUAUUUCUCUCCAUAUUAUUGCUAGCUGGAAUAGCGGUCAUUGCACCCGUAUACCUUUAUAGACGCAGGUGUCUGAGUAGAUUCCACAAACCAGAAACUAGUCCUGCAGCUGGCUACCUGCACACAAGUGACAGCAGUGAUAAAUGCAAAAUCGAUGCUACCUCCAGACACAGACAACAGACAUCAAUGGGCUCAAAAAGCCCAGUCAGUUUACAGUCCAACCACAGGACAUCAGAUCAAAGGCCUUCAUCCAGUCAUCAUCCUCAAAGCAGACAGCUGGAAGGUGAAGCAACAAAAACUGCAUCUCCAGUAAGAAUGCCUCCACCGUGCAGGCCAGCACCACCUCCUCCACCUCAACAACCUCCAAAGGUAUUGCAACCUCCCAAAAGAGUGCCACCUCCCCUUCCUCCAAGUAGGACACGGCAAACUGCCAAGUGACACCUUAGGGCUGAUUCCAUAUCGGGAAUUAAACAGGAGAACUCACGUGUCUUGAAUGGAAAGUCUGGACAGAUGUGUAACAUCAGACAUCAAUAAAUAAUGAAGAAUUUCCAUCCAAGAUUUGGACCAUCGCCUACACAUACUGAAGGCAGCUACGCUGGUCUUGUGUCAGUGAUGUUAAUAUUGCACUAAAUGGUUGUGCUUAGGUAAUGUGCACUGAACAAACUAUAGACUAGUCAGUGCUGUGAAAAUGGCAGGUCAGGAGAUCAAGGUGGAUUGUUUAGGUAAAUGAAUGUCAAUUCUGUUUACAGCCGUUUUAGAUAGGAAACGAUAAUAUUCUUAAUACGGCAUAAUACAGGCAACCUAGCAGAGCCAUAAGCUGUCAGCAGUUAAAGGGUCAGUCCAGGUAAAACACAUAUUUCAGGUUUGAGUGGAUGCUGGAAAAUUAAAUCACUUAACAGUUCCUUACAUCUCUGGGAUUAAAACUGAACUUAAGGCAGCUAUAAAACAAAGCAUUGAAUGCUGUUAUGUAUUUAUUAAAACAAUUAUUACAUGUAUUUUCAACAACCAGUAUAAAUACCCCAAUUUUACUUCAAA